AUGCGACAUCGCAAAUGCGAAGAGGCCUGGAUUCCUCAGGUUUCGCAAAUGCGAAUCCUUGUUCGCAAAUGCGAAGAAUUUGACCUAACAGAUAAUGAGUUGAAAAACCGUUGCUUGCAAAAGUUGGAAAACUUCUUAAAAGGUUAUGGAAGAAGUUUUCAGGAUUUUCUAACAAUGCCAGCGCAUGUUUAUAAAGAGGAAGAAGUUGACAUCAGUAACAGAUUAAUUCGAGAUGAAUUGUGUUGUAAUAGACGCGAUUUAGCGGAGGAACAUGAAGAGUUAGUAAAGAAUUUGACAGAUGAGCAAAAUUGUAUUUAUAAAAGAAUAAUAACAGCAGUGAAUGAAGACAAAGGUGAAUUUUUCUUUUUAUAUGGUUUUGGAGGAACAUGCAAGACUUUUAUUUGGAGGACUGUUUCUUUUGCCAUAAGAUCUAAAGGAGAUAUUGUGCUAACUGUUGCAUCUAGCGAGAUUGCAUCUCUUUUGUUACCAGGUGGUCUAACAGCUCAUUCAAGAUUUGUAAUUCCACUCAAUCUUACUGAAUAUUCAACAUGUAAUAUCAAGCAAAGUUCUCUGUUAGCAAAUUCGAUUGUCAAGGCAAAGUCGAUUAUUUGGGAUGAGGCACCCAUGAUGCAUAGAUAUUGUUUUGACGUUCUUGAUAGAACUCUAAGAGGUAUUCUUAGAUUCAAAGAUGCAUCCAACUUAGGACGUCCAUUUGGAGGUAAAAUAGUUAUUCUUGGCGGUGACUUCAUACAAAUAUUACAUGUCAUUCCAAAAGGUACUAGGCAAGGUAUUGUUAAUGCUUCUCUCUAUUCUUCUUAUUUAUGGUCUCAUUGUCAACUCUUAACGCUAACAAAGAAUAUGAGAUUGCAAAGUCAUGAAAUAGGGCCCCAAAUGCAAGAGUUGAAAGUUUUCUCAGAUUGGAUUUUGGCAAUUGGUGAUGGUAUGAUUGAUAAUCAGUUGAUGGAUACCUCCAACAAAAAAGUCAUUCUUGCUCCAACUCUUGAUAUGGUAGAAUCAAUCAACAAAUAUAUGAUUUCACUCAAUCAUAUUCCUGAGAAAUCAUAUUUGAGUUCCGAUACAAUUUGCAGCUCUGAUCAAACAUAUUCAGCAUUGAAACAUGUACACACACCAGAAAUUUUGAAUACUAUUAAAUGUUCUGGAGUUCCAAAUCAUGCUCUUACUCUAGAGGUAGGUGUUCCGAUGAUGUUAUUAAGAAAUAUUGACCAAUCAGCAGGACUGUGUAAUGGAACAAAGUUGAUCAUAACUAAACUUGGAAAUCAAGUUAUUGAAGCCAAGGUUUUAUCAGGACAUAUGGCUGGACAGAAAGUGGUUAUCCCAAGAAUGACAUUGACUCCAUCUGAUGCUAGAAUUCUAUUUAAGAUCCAACGAAGACAAUUUUCAAUCACCGCAUCUUUUGCCAUGACAAUCAAUAAAAGUCAAGGACAGUCAUUGUCUCAUGUGGGAUUAUUUUUGAAGAAACCUCUAUUUACCCAUGGACAACUAUAUGCUGCUCUUUCCGGGGAUCCAAAUACAAAGAGUGUAGCAUCUGAACUACCUACAUCUACUCCUGAUGAAUCAAAUAUUCUUCCUAUUGAAACUACAGAUGUUUUAGCAACACCAGCAACAGAAGAGCAAGUUGAGAUUGCAUCCAUAUCUGGAGUGUUGGUUGCUAGAUUGGAGCAGCCUAAUGAACCUAAUGAAGUAGGUGACCCAGAUGUGCCUGCAUCUACUUCCAGUGAGUCAGUUAUUCUUCUUAUUGAAAUUUCAAAUGUUUUAACAACGGCAACAACGGAGGAGCAAGUUGAGAUCGCUUCCACUGCUGAAGCAUUGGUUGCUAAAUCCAAACAGCCUAAUGAAGUAGGUGAUUUAGGUGGUAUUUCAAAGGAAAUUGGAGCAUUGGUUGCUGCAUCCAAGGAGUCUAAUGAUGUAGGUGAUUUAGGUGGUAGUUCAGAGGAAAUUGGAGCUUUGGUUUCUACAUUCAAACAACCUAAUGAAGAAGGAUUUUAA